AUGACAGACCCAUCACCAGCGGGGCCCGACGCCAGUAGUCGUCGAGAAGCGACUGCUGCUACAGCUGCUGCUGGAGACCACCAAGACGACGUUAUUACACCGGUCGUCGCAGAGACGCGAACUAAUGAGAAUCGAGAAGCAUCAUCCAACAACCACGAUACGGGACGACAAGACGUGCGCGAGCCUGGGCGAUGGCGAGGAUACUUUGCCAAGAGCGGGAAGCUCAGGCCCUUCAGGCUUCUGAAGGAGGACUUUCUGAACUUUAGACUGCGAUAUCUAUCAGACUGGGCCGUGUUCAACCAGCUCGUCUUGGCCAGUGCGAUAUAUGUCUUCUUCACGAAUAUCCUGCCGGGCAUCACGUUCGCCAGCGACUUGUACGUCCUGACGGGGCAAUCUUGGGGGACUAUCGAGGUGGUGUUCAGUACGGGCCUUUGCGGCAUCAUCUUUGCCCUAUUCUCGGCCCAGCCCUUGACCAUUCUUGGUGUCACUGGCCCGUUCUCAGUCCUCGCGGAGAACAUCUACUCACUAUGCGAGAAUUCCUUCAAGAUUCCCUUCCUGCCUUUCAUGGCCUGGGCCUUGAUCCACGCCGGUUGGAUGCACUAUCUCCUGGCGAUAUUCAACGCCCACGACUACACUAUGCAGUACGUCACCGACUUCAGUGCCGACAUCUUUUCCCUCCUCAACAGCGUAAUCUACUUCCACAAAGCCGUCAGAGAGCUGCAGCGCACGAAGGCGGCGGUCUCCCUCGCGGCCUUCCUGUACUCCAUCAUCGGCGCCGCGGGGACCUGUCUCCUCGCCAUCUUCCUGUCGACCGCGCCGUCCUGGAAACCGCUGUUCCACAGAUACGUCCGCAUGGGCCUGGCCGAAUACGCCGCCGCCAUCUCCAUCGUCUUCUUCAUCGGCAUGCCCUACGUCGGCGACCUCGCCCACCUCGACCACAACAGGCUCGAGGUGUCCACGACCUUCAGGCCCUCCUCCCCCAGCCGGCAGUUCUUCUUCGUCGAGUUCUGGAAACUCCCCCUCGGCUGGAUCUUCAUCGCCAUCAUCCCCGGCAUCAUCAUCACCGUCCUCUUCUACUUCGACCACGAGAUCAGCAGCAUAAUCUGCACGGCGAAGCGCUACGGCGUCCAGAAACCCGGCGGCUACGCCUGGGACAUCAUGCUCCUCGGCACCACGACGAUCAUGUGCGGCAUCCUCGGCAUCCCCCCGGCCAACGGCCUCCUCCCGCAGGCCCCGCUGCACUCCGAGUCCCUGAUGCACGUCGUCGUCGAGGACCCUCCCGCCCCCGACUCCGAGCCGGGCGAAGACCCCCCGGCCAAGCCCGUGACGCGGGUCUACGAGCAACGGUACUCGCACUUCAUCCAGGCGGCGGGCAUCUUCAUCUUCAUCACGCCGCCCUUCCAGCACGUCCUCGGCCUGACGCCGACGUCCGUCCUCGCGGGCCUGUUCAUGUUCAUGGGAUACCAGUCGCUCUGCGUCAACCCCAUCCUGACGAGGAUCUGGCACCUGCUCACGCCCCCCUCGGAGCUGCCCGCGCUACCCCAGGGCGCGUCCUGGUUGGGCAUUCACUUGUACACCUUCUCUCAACUUGUGCUUACUGGUAUCGUUUUCGGUGUCACUUUGACGGUCGCCGCGCCCGGUUUCCCCAUCAUCAUCAUUAUUCUUGUACCGGUGAGACUGUUCUUCAUGAACAGGAUAUGGAGCCGGCAGACACUGCGGUAUGUUGAUGGAUGGGCGACGAGAGAAGGAAAACCAGAAGAUGAUGAGAACGACCGUCGGCGCGAGGCGGUCAUCGCCUCUCGUGAUUCCGCGAGAGACGUCUCCGAUGAGGAGAAAGGGAUGAAAAAUGCAUGA